AUGACGAUAUUACUGCCCUUCCCCACCCCAAAUUCUAUCUACGCCCUAUUGACUAUCAAGGAUAACAAAACUAACUCCCUUACAAUUUUAAACGAAUUUAUAAAUCUGAAGAGUUUUGACAUGAUUCAAUUAACCUCCUGGAUGAAUCAAAGUAUGGAUCCGUGCACAGAUUUUUACGAAUUCGCCUGCGGUGGUUACAUCCAAAAAACUUCCAUUCCAAGCGGUUAUAAUCGAUGGGAUCAAAUAAGCGCAAUUUCAGAAUCGAUACUUUUAACUAUAAAAGAUAUAUUAGGUGAUUAUUCAUCAUCAAAAGGGAACAACAAAUGGUUGGGUAGAGAAAUAAUAAUGUCAGAAUUAUCUUGUGUUAGAAUUAGCAAUAACAAAAAUCCUCAUACAAAAUACGAAGCAAGGGCCGAGAGAUUGGCCAAGACAUAUUACGAUUCUUGUAUGGAUAAGAAUAUUAUUAGAGAAAAAUUGGGAGGAAAGCCAUUAACCGAUCUAUUAGACCUAUAUGGAGGUUGGGAUGUGCUGAACGUGGAUAACAAGCCUUCCCCAUUCAUAGAUGAAUCUUCCAACUUAAAGAAAGACCCCAAAAACUCCUCCAAAUACAUACUCUGCAUCUAUCCAGGCCAAGUCGCUCCCCCAUACGAUGAUGAUUACGAGGGCAAUGCCACCUUCAUUAACCUAAAACGUUACGACGCUUAUUUAAAGUACAUGUUAAACGUUGGAAAUUUGGUGGUAACUAGUUCUGGGUUUCCUAAAGAGAGAAGACUCAAUCAACACGAUAGUAAUCUAACUCGCUACACUUUGGGCCGCGAAGAACAUCGCCAAACGCCGAUAAAUAAUCAACUUAAAACCGUUAUGUCGAACGUGCUGAAAUUUGAGGGGCAUCUAUCUAACAUUACUCCAUCUUCUAUGGAUUUGGAAACUAUUGACGAGUCGAAUUACGUCCUAAUGUCGUUAAAAGAGUUGGACAACAAUUUUGAUUUCAUGAAUUGGACAAAAUAUAUAAAUCAAUAUUUCGAAGUUCACAACAUAUCCAUGCCAACCAACCAAGUAUUUUGGGUCACAUCCAUCUCUUACAUGGAGAAGAUGAAUAGCUUAAUCAAGCGUAGCUUAAAUGAAAUGGGCAUAUCUAGAGUUUUGCAUGAUUACAUCAUGUGGCACAAUGUAAAACCUCUCACACCUUAUUUGUCCAAAAAGUUCGGUGAUGCCGUUAACCCAGUUCUCAAGGCGCAUAAUAUAAAAAAUUAUGAAAAAAUACCGGCUUGGAAGAAAUGUUUAGAGAAUUUUCCCACCUUUAUGAAAUUCCCACUCAGUUCCCUCUACCUGAAAUCCAAUUUUGAUUCUUCGGAUAAAAUUAAGGUGGAAGGAAUUGUUGAUUCGUUGAAAAUGUCUUAUAAAGAUGCUUUUCGGAAUCUUGAUUGGAUGGAUGAAACUACGAAGAGUAGAUCUAUGGAAAAAGUAGAUGCGAUAAAUGUCAAAAUUGGUUAUCCGGAAUACAUCGUGGAUUCCAAAGAACUGGACAAAGAUUACGAAGGAGUUGAACACAAAAUAAAUAUAAUGGCAUAA